UCACUUACAGUAGUGAUGUCCAGUCCUCAUCCUGGAGUUUGGCUCACAGCUGCCCACACAUCUGCUUGGUAGCUUCAGGUCCUUGAUCGGCAGGUAUAACUGUGCAGGACUGGAACUGGAGUCAAAAUGCAAUCAGGACUAAAUGGCAUCCAAUACUGCAAAGAAAAAAAAGGAAUGGCUUGCAACGACGUGGACAAGUCCAGCUUCGAUGAUGUCUGUUGUGACAGCGGACACUCUAGUUGUGCCGCAGCUAUGGAGAAGGAGAGGGAGUCGUUUCUCAGCCCGACAGAAAACCACUCCACCAUCAGUGUUUCGUCUAGUAUAGCUCCAGACCAGCAAGGCUAUGAUGAAGAGUUUGACCCUCCACUAGAGAGCAAGUAUGAGUGCCCUAUCUGUCUGAUGGGUCUCCGCUCGGCAGUACAGACCCCCUGUGGACAUCGAUUCUGCGACUCAUGCAUCAGGAAAUCCAUCAGGGACACAGGGCAGAAAUGUCCAGUUGACAACGAGGUGCUGCUUGAGGAACAGCUCUUCCCUGAUAACUUUGCCAAGCGAGAGAUCCUCUCACUCACCGUCAAAUGUUCUAACUUUGGAUGCUGUGAAAAAAUGGAGUUGCGCCAGCUAGAGAAACACUUGUCUCAGUGCAGGUUUGCCACUGCGCCGUGCCCUCAAUGUCAGGAGUCUGUUCCCAUAAGCCAUCUGGAUGAACACAAGAGCCAGAAUUGCUUACAGCGGAUUAUGACCUGCCCUGCCUGUGCUGGGAGCUUUGUGUAUGCUGACAAACAGAUUCACGAACAGUUUUGUCCUUUCGCCAAUACAGUGUGUGAAUAUUGCGAAAUGGAGCUCAUUCGGGAUCAGUUGGCGCUGCACUGUGACACAGACUGUCUGAAAGCUCCUGUGGCCUGUACUUUCAGCACUUUUGGAUGUCGUGAAAAGAUGCCAAGAAAUGAGCUGGCCCAGCACAUGCAGGAGUUUACACAGAUGCACAUGCGUUACAUGGCUGAGUUUCUCCGCAGUCAGACUCUCAGUAACUGCACAAUGCCCUCAGCUGCUGCCCACUCUUCCUCAGAUGAACGUGGAGCCUUGGUCCGUUCGCCAGAUUCUUGUCAGUGCAAACAGGAGCUCCUGAACCUGCGAGAGACGGUAUUGGAGCUGGAGGGUCGGCUAGUCCGUCAAGAUCAACAGAUCCGGGAGCUGUGCAUCCACAACGACACGCAAAAAAACCAGGUCAUGGAGCUGCGGCGAAAGCUCGUCUCACUAGAGGAGAGCACCCGAGAGCUGGAGGCGCAACAGUACCAGGGCGUCUACGUGUGGCGCGUGGAGAACUUCUCGCAUCACCUGCGCAACCAGGAAGCCGGUCAGCCUAUCGUCCUCCAUAGUCCACCCUUCUACACAGGCCGGCCUGGGUACAAACUCUGCCUGCGACUGCACCUGCAAACCCCCAGUGCCCCUCGCUGUUCCAACUUCAUCUCACUUUUCGUGCACACUAUGCAGGGUGAGUUUGACAGCCAGCUUUCCUGGCCCCUACAGGGCACCAUCCGACUGGCAGUGCUGGACCAGGUAGAGGGGCAGCACCAUAUUGAAGUGAUGGAGACCAAGCCGGACCUGCAGGCUUUCCAGAGGCCCACCGUGCUGCGCAACCCCAAAGGUUUCGGCUAUGUAACGUUUCUGCACCUACAGGCAUUGCGGCAGCGUGGUUUUGUAAAAGAGGACGUGCUGUUGGUGCGCUGUGAAGUCACACCACGAUUUGACGCUAGCCUCAGGAGGGAAGGUGUUCAGCCUCGAGGACCAGAACCUUCACUUUGAGCUCAUUUUUGCCACUCCUGCCUUCUUAAGUUCUCAUAGACACUCUGCUGAAUGGCAGAAAUACAGCAAAACCUGUUUUUUUUACCCAUGCCCAUUUGUUCUGUUGGUUGAAUUUAUUGUGUGUUUUAUUUACAAAUGUUUCCCAAUGCAUUUUUGUGCAGUGCAAUCAGUGGUCAAAUAUCUGUAGGAUUCACAUCUCAAACUCACAAAAUAUUGUGUCAACCAAGCUAAGGGUGUAAAAACUGUUGUUUUAAUGGUGCUGCUUAUGCUAAGUGUUAGCUUUCACGAAUUUAUUUCACGAUACUACGUUCAACUGCUCAUUCUGCCUUAAAAGCGGUGUGGAGUGAAGAGUGUAAAUACAAGUGUUUGUGUAAAAUAUAUACUUUUAAAUGAAGAGAUGUCUGACGGAGUACAGAGCAGCACUGUUUAUUGUGAUCGUAGGGAAGUUUGAACCUCAAGGUCAUAGGUUUCAAACUGGAUUCCUGGAAGGUCGCAGCUCUGCACAGUUUUGCUCCAACCCUAAUCAAACACACCUGAUCCAUCUAAUCAAGGUGGUCCAGACUACUGUUGAACACCUUGGCUGUUUUCUCAAUUCCUAGAAUGCAGGGAACAGACUUGUGUUCUUGUGGAGACUACAAGAAUACAAGGGAGACCGCGAGAACAGUCCUGUCAGAAAUGAGAUGCUGCGUUCUUCACUGCUUCUUCCUGAUGGUCACAUGACUUUAACGUUUUUUUUAUGGAAAAUUAUUUAAAGAUUAUAGGAUUUAUACAACGAUUUAAUGUUUUUCCCCUUUUCACAAUAUAUGCCAUGCAUAAAGACCUGACAAAUAUAUGUUGCACAAUAUAAAUAAAACUCAUUAUGGUGGCUUGAGAUUAUAUGCAUCUCCUCCUAAACCUUUCAAGCUACAACAACCAAACUAACUCCAAACCUCCAAACUAUACUGAAUUAAGUUGCUUUAUCUUUUCCAACUGAUCCGACAUAUGGUUUUCUGAAAACUGACCCGUAAAAUUCGGAAAAGUCCCAUUGACUUAACAUUGGACCAAAUUUUAUGACCUGUCAUACAGACUUGUGUUUGGGCCCAUUUAAAUCAGACUACCAAUCUGCCAAUUACUACCUUUCAACUUACUAGCCACACCCUAACUGUCCCAUAGACUUCCAUUGUAAAAAUAACACACCAUUUGCUUUAUAUUGGACAUACUUACAACAUACCAAUCCAUACUAGAAACAAACUAACCAUACUAGCAACAUGCUAAUUCAUACUGUAAACAUACUAGCAACAUGCUAAUUUAUACUAUAAACAUACUAGCAACAUGCUAAUUCAUACUAAAACCAUGCUAAAACAUGUUAGUUUGUACUAGAAACAUUCUAGCAACAUGCCAAUUUAUGUUAGCAGCCACUUAGCAACACCUUAGUUACCACCUAAAAUGCCCUAGAAACCACCUAGCAAAGCCUUCACAAUCACUCAGAACACCCUAGCAAUGCCUUAGUAACUGCCUAGCAAUUACUCAAUUCACACUAGCAACCACCUAGGACACCCUAGAAACCGUCUAGCAAUGCCUCAGCAAAUACCUAGAAAUCACUCAGAACACUUUAGCAACCGCCUAGAACACCCUAGCAACUACCUUGCAACACCUUACCAACCACUCAGAACAUCCCAGCAACCGCCUAGCCAGAAACAUGCUAACAUACAUGUAGUUGUCAAUCUAUGCCAACCGUUUCAAACGUCUUAAAAUCUACUUCAGUUAUUUCAAUUUGAAAACUACUUCAACCUUUCAGACGAGGCUUUCUCAAGACACCAUGAAGUUUGUUUACGAACUUUACUUGUCUAGUUUUAAUAUGAAUUUCAGCAAAUAAACACCCUUAAUGUGUUCAUUAAGAUAUUCAUGGUAAUGUUUACUUCCACCGUCUUGUUAAGGGAAACUCUUGAGAUAAAUAAGUUUUAUCUCUGAACUUUAAGAAUAAAUAUAUAAAAUGCUGUGCUUCCCACCUCCUUUAUUCAACCGCAAUGACUUCUGGGACUUCUCGAGCGAGUUUUGCGCUCAAGUCUGCUUCAAUGUGUCCUCAAUAUUAAGAACACAUGCAGGAAGUUUCACGCGUCCUCCUUUCUUGCAGUCUUGAGUUUUGGAGCUGAGCUUUGGCAGCUGAUGAUGACGUUACUCGAGGAUGCAAGAUCGCCGAAGAACACAUACUGAGAAACAGCCCUUGAUUAGUUGGAUCAGGUGUGUUUGAAUAGCCUUGGAGCAAAACUGUGCCGAGCUGCGGCCCUACAGGAAUUGAGUUGGAGACCUAUGUGUCAAGGUCAUUAACAGCUUUAAAAUGUUUAUAGAUUUAAAGGGGUUAUAUGGAGAAUUCAGAAUUAUCUUUGUGGUUUGAAGUUGAAAAUGUCUUCAUACAGUCUAUUCAAUUCACCUUUAUUUAUAUAGCGCUUUUACAAUGUAGAUUGUGUCAAAGCAGUGUAGUUCAGUUUAGCUCAGUUCAGUGUGGUUUAAUAAUCACUACUGAGAGUCCAAACACUGAAGAGCAAAUCCAACGAUGCGCAGCUCUACUGAUCCCGAACCAUGCAAGCUAGAGGCGACAGCGGAUGCUUCAAACCAAUAUAUACUGAUAAUGACCAUCAACGUCAUCCGUGAUGCUGUGAGUGUGUACGUUCUUCUCAACAAAACAAACACAGCAAAAUUUACCACAGUGAGAAAACUGCAGUGAAGAAAGCAUCUGACCAUAGCAGUGUCAAUUAGUUGAAAUUUUAUUAAUUCACCAGCAUCUUGUCGACAGAUGAGGUAAUAUUGAUAUGAGACAUGAAAGUUAAGCUAACAAAGCCUUGUUUACUUUAAUAUCAAAGGACAACCUCCAAAGUUGGAGAAUGUUUUUAUAUUUUUAUAAGGUUUUUACAUAAUGGCAGUAAAUGCAUUUAGUACUUACUUAAAGAUUCCAUUUAACCUCUUUAAGGUGUGAUCAUUUAAGCAACAUUUCACUAAAAAUAAUUUUUUUUAUCUAUUUCAUCUAUUGUCCCAGCAGCUUUCUGUCGUCUAAUGCUGCACAUUUGAAGUCAUUUUGAUAUCAGCCUGGGGAAAUCUCUCAGCCUCACAUGAAAUUCCCAGUCGGGACAUAUUGUAGUGACUGGACUGUACUAAUCAUGUCCUAUAAAUGAUGAUGUUUUAAUGUAACUUUUUUCAUCUGGUCACUUCACUUAUUUGUGCCUGAUACUGCCUGAUCAUUUCCAUUGUUGUAGUGUUCUACGUGCUUCACUUUUUUAUUUAAUCAAUUCAAAUCAUGUUUAUUAUGGUGGCUUGAGAAAGACAACACACUGUUAUACUACACAAACCUCUUCUUCUUCUUUGACUAUUUUAAGAACGCAUCUCGACCAAAUGACCAAACUAACUCCAAACCUCCAAACUAUACUGAAUUAAAGUGCUCCAUCUUUUCCAACUGAUCUGACUUUUGGUUUUCUGAAAACUGAGCCGGAAAAUUUGGAAAAGUCCCUUUGACUUAACAUUGGACCAAAAUUUAUGACCUCAUUACUUUCUGCCAGACUGUCAUACAGACUUAAGUUUGGGCUCAUUUAACUCAGACUACCAAUCUGCCAAUCACUGAUGACUUUUCAACUUACUAGCCACACUCUAGCGACUGUCCUAUAGACUUCUAUUGUAAAAAAAACUGCCAUUGACUUUACAUUGGACAUACUAACAAUAUACCAAGUCAUGCCAACGACCAGGGCUUGACAUUAACUUUUUUGAUCACCAGCUACUGUGGCUAGUAGUUUUCCAACAUUACUAGCCACUCGCCAUUUUCACUAGCCACAAUUUUAUUGUUGGGAAAAUAUAUUUUAUCCAUAUAAAUAUGACUUUGACAUGCUAAAAUUCUUUGAUUUAGAUUUCGCGUUAUCUCCACAUGCCUCCUCAUUCAUUUCACUUUUUGUGUGUCGUGCAUGAGCUUGCUCAAUAAUCGUGAGCAAAUGGGUCAUGUAUCAUAGUAUUACAAUUAGUUUUUAAUUUACAUAAUUUCAGAGCACACAUUGGACCCAUAAAUAAUCUGUUCAAAGAAUGGUUAAAGCAAAAGCAACCGGUGCUGCUUACAAAAAGACAAAUCUGGAACUCUGGAAAGCAGGACUGUGGGUGCAUGUUCAUCACUUUUUGUCAUAUCUAUUUGAAAGAGAACUAAUCACAUCAGCUGUGUUUCUAGACACAGUUGCUUCAUGCAAGGAAACGGGAGUGCACGUGUUUUAAACAGUCGCGCGCAUCGCCUCAGCUGUUAGCACGAGUGAUUAUCCUCUCAUUCGGUAUUUACCUGCUUUCUUUUGCUUGCGCGAACACAAUAAUUUUUGUCAGUCGUGUUGCUUCUCAAUUCUAAGAUCGCCUUUGCAUGCAUAUCGGACCAUCCUUAAUGUCGAACCCUGCUUUUAAGAAUUAUUAUCUGGGAAAAUUAUUUUCAACCAGCCAAAGUGGCUAGUGGAAGUGUCUGUCUUACCCGCCACCGCUGAAAUCUACCUGCAAUAUGCUAAUUUAUACUGUAAACAUACUAGCAACAUGCUAUUUCAUACUAAAUUCAUGCUAACAUGUUAAUUUAUGCUAGAAACAUGCUAGCAACAUGCUAAUUCAUACUAAAACCAUACAAAUUUAUGUUAGCAACUGCCUAGCAAUCACCCAGAACACCUUAGAAAGCACCUAGCAAUACCUUAGCAACCACCUAUCAACGCCUUAGCAACCGCCUUGCGGCCACUCAGAACACUCUAGCAACACCUAAGCAACCACUCAGAAUACCCUAGCAACCACUUAGCAACACCUUAGCAACUGCCUAGCAACGCCUUAGCAACACCUUAGCAACUGCCUAGCAACGCCUUAGCAACCACCUAGCAACACAUUAGCAACCACCUAGCAACACCUUAACAACCACCUAGCAGCACCUUAUCAGCCGCCUUAGCUCCCAUCUAGCAACACCUUAGCAACCACCUAGCAACACCUUAGCAACUUCCUAGAAACGCCUUAACAACCACCUAGCAACACAUUAGCAACCACCUAGCAAGUCCUUAUCAGCCGCCUUAGCUACCAUCUAGCAACCACCUAGUUACACUUUAGCAACCACCUAGCAAUGCCUUAGCAACAACCUAGCAACACCUUAGCUACCACCUAGCAAUGUCUAAGUAACAGCCUAGCAAUGUUUAAGUAACAGCCUAGCAACCACUUAGAACACUCUAACAACACCGUAGGAACCGUCUAGCAACACCUUAGCAACCACUCAGAACAACAUAACAACUGCCUAGAAACACCUUAGCAACCAUUUAGAACACCUUAGCAACCACCUAGCAACACCUUAGCAACAGCCUUGCAACCACUCAGAACACCCUAGCAACUGCCUUGCAAUACCUUAGCAACCACCUAGCAACCAAUUAGAAAACCUUAGCAACAACCUAGCAACACCUUAGCAACCACCUAGCAAUGCCUUAGCAACUGCCUAGCAACGCCUUAGCGACCACCUAAAACACCCUAGCAAACAAUCAGAACACCUUAGCAACCACCUAGAACACCCUAGCAACCACCUAGCAAAAAACCUGCCAAUUCAUACAAGAAACAUGCUAAUAGGUAUGUACUUCCCUAUCUAUACAGACUGUUUCAAUCUUCUUUGAAACUACUUCAGUUAUUUAAACAUUUAAACUACUUCAAACUUUCAGGCUAGGCUUUCUCUAGCCACCAUAAAGUUUGUCAAUGAUCUUUACUUUUCUAGUUUUAAUUGCGCUUUUUCCAGUGCUUAAUUUGAGAAUUGCAGGUCCCGGAACAGAUCGGGGUAAUUGUGUGUAAAACACACAUCGGGGUAAUGCGGAAUGUUACUCGAGGAUGGAGAGGCGUCGCGCACGAAAGUGAGCGGAGCGUGGGUGUCGCGGACGAACGUUAAAAAGGUUGGGGAGUCGCGGAAGAAAGUGAAAGUGAACAGUGGACGGGGGAAGAGGGCGGUUAAGAAGGGGGAUUGGUAAAAUGAGGUGCCAGAUCAGAAUUCAGAGGUUCUGGAUCCGGCGUGUUCCGGCACAAAUGAAGCCCUGGCUUUUACAACGUAGAUUGUGUUAAACCAGCUUAAUAUAGAAGUUCUAGAAAAUUUUAACUGUGUCAGUCCAGUUUUCAGAGUUGAAGUUCAGUUUAGUUCAGUUCAGUGUGGUUUAAUUUUCACUGCUGAAAGUCCAAACACUGAAGAGCAAAUCUAUCGAUGCACAGCUCCACAGGUCCCAAACCAAGCAAGCUAGUGGUGACAAAUGGAAAAAUGUUUUACAAGUUAAACUGAUAAGUGUAUUGACACUGGAAGACAUCCUUUUUGUGUUGAUUUGUUUUUAUUUCCACCACAUUAUACAGUUUAUAUAUGUCUUUAUAAACUAUUGUUGAAUGUGAA